CUUUUUUACUUUCUCUCUCCUUUACUUCACCUUUUCCCUCACCUCUGCAAACCCAGAUUUGGGUUUCAUCACAUAAAUUAACGAUCUGAAGAAGUUAGUGAUGAUAAGAAAAUGAAGAUCGACCACGCGCUUGGGACUGUCAAGUCCAAUGGCAUCCAGAAAAUUCUUGCUCUCCGUGGAUACCCAAGGGUUUGCGUCUGUUUGGUUCACCUCAAUCAACGCUGUGUGCGAUGGGGAGUGGUUGUGGGUAUAGGCAGUGGUUUAUCCGUGGUAGCCCUAAGUGUCAAUGGUGACUCCCCUUGCCGCCAAGAACUUGGGAUUUGCUGUAUGCGACUGCGGGGAAAGUUGCUAGGUAAUUACUAAUGCUUUUCAUCUUCUGUUAAAUCUGAUCAGCGUUCCUUUCAAAUUCGAAAUCGGCAUCUCACUUCUUCGCUUGUACCAACAACACCAAGCCAUGGCUAUGGUUCUGGACUCCGAAACCGACCUGUCGUUUCCCUACUGGAUCUCCGUUCGCCACGUUUUGGUCCCGCCUCUUCUUUCUUUGCUACCGGCAACCUUGAGAGAGAACUUCUCGCCAAACAGGUUGUCUCAUGGAAUUAGAUGAUUUUCUCAAACCUAGACCUGGGUUUUUUUCUCAAAUCCAGAUCUGGCGAUGAAGAAGAAGACACGAGCUCUAGUACAAGAUUCAAAGUUUGCAGAGCAGAAUCUGAGCAAAAUUUGAGGAAGGAGAAUGAUUGUUGCAGAGGGGAAGGUUUGAGGUAGACAGAGAUUUUUCGAAGUUGCUGGUUUGCUUGGAGCUUGGAGGAGAUGCAGGAGAAAGAGAAGAAAGAAAGGUUGGAGGAUGAGGAUGAGGGCAUUUAAGUAAUUUUAAUUUUUUAAUGUAUUAACUGAUUAAAAAAAUAUGAGUUUUUCUUGUUGGAUUCACACGUCAUUAACAUUUAAAAAAUUAAGUGAUUUUGUGACAAUUUAAUGUGCUGUCUGUCCAUUAACUGAAGGAAGGAUUAUUUUGAGUUUUUUAGUUGGAGGAAAACCGAACCCUACUCGGCAUUUUUUUUGGUUUCGAUUCCUCUGCAUUUUUUUUUUUUGGGUUUCGAUUUCUGGUUCAUUCAUUUUCAAUGGAAGCUGUAGCAUCCAGUGCUUUUGAUGCAAUGCUCUCUUCCAUGUGGGAUUAUAUAUCUGAGCGAUUAAUUGACUCCAACUUUCUCAAGUUUGCCAGGCAAGACCAAGUUUUG